UGAAAUGAUUCCCGUCCGUUGCAACAAGAUCGGAAAUUACUAGAAUUGGCAGGCCGCAGACCUUAGAUAUUCUUGACAAUCGAACAGGCUACAGCCUUUUUCACCCCACUCCUUUGAUCCCAUGAGCAAACCAUAAUUUCCACCUCGUUGACGUGGCGAUUCCAUAUUGGCUUCCCGCUUCCAAAGUCAAAGGACGACAGCCUCCCAUUGGCAAUUCCCAUUGAACUAACUACCUAGGCCACCCCAUCCCACCCCACGCGACCCCAACCGUCCAAUUUAAAGCAUUUUCGAUUCACCAAAACUACAUUCAAAUUGAGUAUCUGACAAUGAAUUGGGUAGAUUCCAUGGAGUUAUUGGACGUUGAUUCGCCGUAUGAGUUAUUGUUCAAAGCUGCUCUGUUGAUACCAAUUUCUCAUUAUUUAUUCGGACUUUUGUUUGUUUUGAUUGUAUUUCUGUAUAAUUUUCUGGAAAUGCACGUUCUUGGAGAUCUAUUCACCGGGUUCAGAGGACAACCAGUUACUUUGACUUUCAAUUCUUCCUCUCAAGUCUACCAAGAUAUUGCUUCCCGGUGUAAAACUCUUCAUGGAAGGUAUUUAUCGACUCCAUGGCUCUGCAGUCCUCAUCUUCAGACUGGAUUUUUACAUUUUUUUGGAAGGCCACCUGUUGUCAACUAUAAGAGACAGCUUUUUAUAACCUCAGAUGAAGGGACCAUAGCUCUGGAUUGGCUAACGAAUGCUGAAGUUAAGAAACAAGCUACUCAACUAAAUGAUGCAGUUCAGAUUGAUGGUAAAGAUCCAAUCAUGAUUGUCGUUCCUGGCUUAACAAGUGAUUCUGAUUCUGCUUAUGUCAAGCAUUUGGUUUUCAAGAUGGCUAAGAGUGGCUGGAAUGUUGUUGUGAGCAAUCAUCGGGGCCUUGGGGGUGUAUCAAUAACUUCUGAUUGCCUCUACAAUGCUGGAUGGACAGAGGAUGUACGUAAAGUGAUUGACCACCUUCACUGUCUAUACCCUGAAGCUCCUCUAUAUACUGUUGGGACAAGUAUUGGUGCUAAUAUUCUGGUUAAAUAUCUUGGUGAGGAUGGAAGUAAUGUCCCUCUUAUUGGGGCUGCAGCUAUCUGUUCUCCUUGGGACCUUUUGAUAUGUGACCGGUUCAUUAACCGUAGACCUGUGCAGAAAUUUUAUGACAAAGCUCUAACCUUCGGCUUAAAAGGUUAUGCGGAUUUGCAUCAUGCUGUCCUUUCUCGUCUUGCAGAUUGGGAAGGCAUUAAAAAGUCACGUUCUGUCCGGGACUUUGACAAUUAUGCUACUCGUAUUGUUGGUAAAUAUGAGACAGUGGAUACAUAUUACAGGCGAUGUAGCAGUUCUAGUCUUGUAGGAAAUGUGAUGGUCCCCCUUCUCUGCAUCAGUACUAUAGAUGAUCCAGUAUGUACAAGUGAAGCAAUUCCAUGGGAUGAGUGUCGGUUAAAUAAUAAUAUUGUUUUGGCCACAACACAGCACGGAGGACACCUAGGAUUUUUUGAAGGGAUAACUGCAAAAAGUGUCUGGUGGGUAAGAGCAGUUGAUGAAUUUUUUGGCGCUCUGCAGUCUAGUCCAUUGUAUCACAGGAAAAAGGAGAUUGCAGUUCCCCAAAUCAAUCCUCAAGAGUCUUUGAUUGAUCAAGCUCCAUAUUUGAAUGUUGAGGUAGACGGGCUGGUGACUGCAGUACGAAGUGAGCCAAUAGCCGAUGUGGGAGUUGAACACGAGGAGAAUAUCGAUCAAAACAAGUCUGAAGAUGCCAUUCAAUAUGCAGAGGAAGUUAAUCACAGAAAUAGAGAGAGAGAAAAUGAGAAAAUUGAGCUUGUUGGCUACUCUGAUAUCACCAAACAAGAUGCCAGUGGCAUAACUACUCCGGUAAAGAAAUGCUUAAACCAGAUUUCGCGCCAGAACAGGAAAUCGCUGUGGCUACUUGCUUACAUUGCAAUAAUUAUGACUUGGCCAGUUGUGGGUUCGGCCCCGCUAUUGUUCUUAAAGAAAAAGUUUCAGAAUUUUGUCUCCGGACCAUCGCUUAGAAGAUAGAUGAACAUUAAAAUACUGUGAAUCGUACUUGAAUCUUUUACAAUGUGCGGUGUAGUGGCUACCAACAAAGGUAAGUUCCUGUUUAUUUAUGAAAAGAUAAAAGCGAAUCAAAGAAAGUCUAUAUGAUACACAAGAAAGAAUGUUAUACUAUGUGACCGGGAAUUUGUUCAUGAAAUGAACUAUAACAAUUUAGCUGUACUACUGUGCUAAUCUGGAAAUUGGUACUUUCUUCUGGUGAACUGUUCUUGAUACGAAAGCAUUCAGAUAA